UUUUUUUUUUAAAUCCGAAAAUAUACGUAAGCGGUUCUUUGAAAUUUGGAUUAUUCGGGCGUCUAAGUGUCAAAAAUAUUUUUUAUUUGUAUUUACAAAAGUUUUUCAAUAAUAAGAGAGAGCGUUAAUUGGUCGUAAAGUCGUAAAUUUCCUGAGAAAUUUAUUCCACUUGCCUUUACCGUAUCGUAUCUCAACGUUCGUGUUUUAAACUUUUUAAAACACAGUAUAUUAUAAUGAAGUGGUUUUGUGGACGGUACCUACUUAUAAUCUUUUAUAGAACAAAUGCUAUGUUUUCAAUAAAAAAAAUCUCGAAUAAUGCGUUAAAAAAACAUAUCCACAUCCUGCGCGUAACUGGUUUCUGUUGUCUAUUUUGCAAUACAACCGAUAACCUAACAUUACGUAAUGCAUAGCAUGUAAGUUGAUAAUGGGGAAACAUUUCCUGUUGUUUUGGUUCGUUAGCUACACAUUGUGUCCAGUCUUGUCAAAACAGCACGUAUGACGUUGUAACAGCGCAUUUCGGUUUCGUUUGCAACCAAGGCAGAAAACAGCAUAUAGCAUCUCCCGUCGAGGCAGUUGUCAAGCCUGUGGUUAAUCCGCUUGAAAGUCAAUUAUAAGCUGGAGAAAAAAAUAAGUUUUAAUAAUUCCGUAUCUGGAAUUUAAAUCAUUUGACACUAACCGCUUAAUGUUUUCCGGAAAUAAAGAAGAAAAAAUACGCCAUGAAUUUUCUAGACUUAAAAAUAUAUGUUACUUGGAUCAUGCAGGAGCAACAUUAUAUUCUGAACGUCAGCUUGAAGCAGUCACUAAAGAUCUGUGUAAUAAUGUGUACGGGAAUCCACAUUCUCUGUCUCUGAGCAGUCGCUAUACCACAGAUGUGAUAGACCAAGUCAGAUACAGGAUUCUUCAACAUUUUAACACAGACUCGCAAGAGUACAGUGUGGUGUUCACAUCUGGCGCAACAGCAGCUUUGAAAAUGGUGGCAGAGUGCUUUGAUUGGACGGAGGAAUACUUUGAAGGAACAGAAAACCCACACGGCGUAGAUCUGGAGGGAGAGGAGUCAGGUGUUUCGCGAAAUGGUACUGGUAAUAUCACCACCAUAAAAAAUGGUGAAAUUACAAGGAAACGCGAGGAGAAGAAGGAAAUGAAACGACCGUGCUACACUGGUGAGGCAGGUGAUUUUGUGUACUUGCAGGACAACCACACCUCCGUCCUUGGAAUGAGAGUGCCGGCAGCGGAAAAGUGUGGAAGUGUUUAUUGUUUGUCAGACUCUGAUGUGUUCGAUGCAUUUUCAACGAAUUGCAUUGAAGAUGAGUCGACUCACGGGGCUGCCCACGCAGGCAACUCACUCUUCGUGUACCCAGCGCAAAGUAAUUUCUCAGGAGUAAAGUAUCCUCUCUCGUGGAUAGCUCAGGCUCAAGAUGGCCGUCUGGAGACGGUCUUAUGCAGCAGAUCUGCCGGGAAUAAAAGGGAAAAUAAAUGCUCUAGAUGGUUUUGCAUGCUGGACGCAGCAUCUCACGUGACCACUCAGACGAUAGAUCUCUCUCGGGUUAAACCGGAUUUCUUGUGCAUUUCGUUCUACAAGAUGUUUGGCUACCCAACAGGACUUGGAGCUCUGCUGGUGCGGAACACCAGCGCUAAUGUUUUACGUAAGAAGUAUUUUGGUGGUGGGACCGUGCUAAUAGCACUGAGCUGUGAAAACUUUCACGUGCCACGACCGCUCCUGAGUGACAGGUUUGAAGAUGGCACUAUACCAUUCCUCUCAAUAGCGUCCGUUCAGCAUGGUUUCGACACGUUGAAGCGUCUCGUCGGAGACAUGCAGAGCGUGGCAGAGCACACGUUUGCUUUGGCCCAGAGGCUGUUCCACAGCCUGCUCACGCUGCACCACUCCAACGGCCGGCCGGCUGCCGUCCUGUACGGGGACACGGACUAUCGGGACCAGUCGACGCAGGGCGGUAUCGUCAACUUCAACUUGCUGAGGGCCAACAAGGAGUAUGUGGGCUUCGUUGAGAUUCUUAACAUGGCCAAUCUUCAUGGAAUUCAGCUUCGUACAGGUUGUUUCUGUAACCCCGGAGCUUGUCAGAAACACUUGGGACACUCUUCGCAAGACGUCAAGCAUCACUUCCAGGCUGGUCAUGUCUGUGGAGAUGACAGAGAUCUAGUGGACGGGCAGCCAACAGGAUCUGUGAGGGUUUCUUUUGGGUACAUGUCCAGUAAGGAAGAUGUUGACAAACUGCUGUCAUUGGUGAUCAACUGCUUCGUUGAAAAACCUGCUAUAAAUAAAAUACCAGAGUGGUGGGCAUCACAUGUGGAGAUGUACAGGAGCAAAUUUUUUAAGGAGCCUGAGUGCACAGACGUGGAACAAGUUGGUACAAAUAAUAACGGAAUCCAUUCUCAGAGAAAGAAUGGAUCGGACAGUUGCAGUGAUGUGCCAUCUCUCAGUCUUGCCUUAUGCAUGGACGUUACUGCGGGUGACCAAGAAAGACCAAAAGAUGCAGGAAAUUCCACUCUGGCAGAGCACAUGACUCUGACGCACAUUUUCUUGUAUCCUGUCAAGUCGUGUGCGGCUUUGGCCGUCUCUAGCUGGACCAUAGGGCCGCGCGGUCUCAUCUACGACCGCGAGUGGAUGGUUGUGACUGCUUCAGGAGUGUGUCUCACUCAGAAACAGGAAACCAAGCUGUGUUUGAUUCAACCGUUCAUCGAUUUGGAAAGAAAUCGGCUGCGCCUAAACUAUCCAGGGAUGCCCCCCGCGGACGUGCCCCUGGACGCGGGAGCUGAGGGGGGCGUGUGCCACAGCAAGGUGUGCCGGGACAGGGUGCAGGCGGCGGACUGCGGGGAAGAGGUGGCGUGCUGGCUGUCCCAGGCCUUGCUCCGGGACGGGGUGCGCCUCAUCAGGCAGCUGGACGGCCCUUCCAGAGUCGCCAGCCGCGGCGGUGGUGACCAGAAACCAUCACUCUCACUGUCCAAUCAAGCACAGUUUCUGCUUCUCAAUCAACGUACCAUUGACUGGCUUGGAGAGAAGAUAGAAGAUGAUUCUGACUGUACCAAAGAGAGUUUGCUCCAUAGAUUCAGAUGUAACCUGGUGGUUUAUGGUGGUAUGCCAUUUGAAGAGCAUGAUUGGGAGAAAGUUCGAAUUGGUGAUGCUAUAUUAAAGUCGGCAGGUUUGUGUACUCGAUGCCAAAUGAUAUGCAUCGACCAGUCGACCGGUGAGAAAACAGUGGAGCCACUACGGACACUGGCAGCUUGUCUCCAAGGAAAGAUGAGGUUCGGAGUGUAUUUCACACAGCAGUGCAGUGAAAACCCAUCUUAUAACAUACAAGUGGGAGCAAAAGUACAAGUUUUGUGAUACCACUAGGUAUAUUUUAGAUUUUAGUAAAGAAAGUAUUAGUAUUUUUAAAAGUAUCAAAAUGUUAUAUAUGUAAAUAAUAUUGUGUAUAUUUUAUUGUUUUACUGUUAUAUACUGUAUAUUUUACUGUUUGACCUAAUGUUAUCUAAGCUCUGAUUUUGAUUUAAAAUAUUUUAAAAUAAGCAAGUGCAGGGUGGCCAUUAUCCUGGUAAUACUAAUUCCAGGUUUUUUCAAAGAUGUUUUGUUGAAUGUUUAUGACUACCGUGUUGUAUUGCAUGAUUGUCACACAUUUUAUACCAAAAUGAAGUUUGAAAAGUAGGGGUGCUAUUUUUAUUCAAAAUUUUUUUUUGGUUUGUUAGGUAAAGUUAUUCAUAAAAACAAAACCCACCCACGGAAAGUACAUUUAUUUAAACAGCACGCCAAACAGUUAAAUUAAUAAGUUGUGCAACAAAAACCUUUCUUCAACUUAAAAUAGAAAAACUAAAUCUGGUUUGCGAGCCUGAACUAAUGCAUAACUAAAGACCACGAAAGAUUGCGGGCAUCAACAGAGUGUGCACAUUGCAUGCAAUCAGCGAGAUAUCAAUAUCGAUAUUCGACUACGUGUGAGCGCUCUAUACGGGAAGAAACAUAAUCAAACAUGAAUGAUGCCAACUAGCGCUGGCUAUAUUUUUACAAGCGGUACACCACAGCAACGCAGACAAACAUUGUUAACGUUUAAAAAUGUCUUUAAAAGAAAAUUUACACAUCAGACAACUUCGUAUUUCAGUUAAUUAAAUAAUUGGUAAUGUCUCAACAAAUAUUAUAUUUCUACUUUAAAAUACAUAGUUUUAUACAAAAAUUACCUACACAAAGUGCUCAGAAUCUAAUAGCAGGACCAAAAACAUCAUGCGAAGUUUAUUUGAGAGAUUUUUUAAUCCAAAUUUUGAUGCCCUAAAAUAUUGGUGACGAUUAUGCGAUAAAACAAGGUAAUAAAAAUGAUUCCAAGUAUUAAAUUCCAAUAAAUUAAAAUACUAUAUCAAUUUACAAUAAAGUUAUUUUUCCUAAACAUAAUUUGGCAGCAUUUUUCAUGGUGACUCAAAACAUAAACUCACAUUAAAUAACUUUUUUAACAAAAGCCAAACUUUAAUGUUUUGAAGUAUAGCAUACAGCUUGAAUUAGUAUUAUCAUUGUUUCACUUAAGCCAGUAACUGUUAUAGAGUACAAGGUCCAUGACUUCUAACCCUAUGUUCACUGGUUUCAACACAAUCGUGAAUACCGUAUUUACUCGCAUAUAGGUCGCGGCAAUUUUACCAGAUUUGACGGGGGGGAAAUGAAGUGCAACCUAUAUGUGAGGAAAAAUUUUUUAAAAUUGUUGAUUUUUUUUUGCAAUAUUUUGCUUUAAAAUGCAAAAAAGAAGUUUAUAUAGGUAUAGGCAAAUUUAUUUACAAUGUACACAUACAACGAAACCCCGUAUUUACGUUUUCCCGUUAUUUGCACUAUAUUCUUCAGGUCCCGUUUAGUGCCUAUUUAGUUCAAUACAAUACUUUCAUGUGAAUUAUGUCUCAAAAAUCAAAUCCAUCCUGCUAUUUACAUCACGUAACAACCAUAAACAACCAGAAAAUACUGUGGGUACUUUAAGAGUAGAUAAGAUUAGCUAGUAGGCCUAAAAACAUCGUGAAAAACGUAACGUUUAUAGUCGGCAAUGAACAUUUUAAAUCGCAAAAUAUUCAUAUUUUAUAACAUGAAAAGUUGCUUUUAUUCCUAAACAUGUAAUAAUUUAAGCCUGUGCGUGUAGAAGUCCGAGUAAUUAUAGCAGGAGACAAUCUAAAAUGCACGAGGGAAAAACGUAAACUCACGAAUGUAUAAACGUGGCUGAUUGUUAAGUUCUGAUACUGUAUUUAUGUCACAACUUAGCCGAAAUACUGGUAAGAGACAAACUUCACAAGAUAAAAUGAACGGAGUCUUGGUAACUGUUUUAUACGUAUUUUAUAAUUUCGGAAGUAUUGUACAGUUGACACAUAUUUUUCAAACUAACAAUUUAUUUCUGGGGAUCGUAAUUAAUUAAUUAAUUAUUGGUAUCAAGAUGAACUUAAACUUGAACAUGUCACGGCAGCGAGAAAACUAGUGCAUAUACCAAUAAACUGGUAUUAGAACUGGACAAAACUGGUACACGGGAGGUGGAGCUUAUAUUUUUUUCCGCUAAGCUCGCAUCUAUUGGCUGGCUGCUGAUGGAAGGUCGUCACGAGUCUGGGCGGAGCAUAGAGUGAGUUAUACUGCGCAAGCGCAACUCAGAGAACAGAGAGAGCCAGCCGGCGGCUACGCCGCGCCAUAACAACAGCUGAUUGAGUACAAUGACCUUUCUCUGCGCACGGCGUGCUAUUGACGGUAAAUUUCCAUCAAUUUGCGGCCCUUUUUUUUUUUUUAAAUUUUUUUUUUUACUGUGGUGCAAUGUGUAUGUGUAAUGAAUUACCGGUGUGACCUAUAUGGGGGGGGGGGGGGGGUAAUCUUAAAUACCAAAUUCAAGACCUCAAAUUAUGGGUGCGACUUAUAUGCGAUGGCGACCUAUAUGCGAGUAAAUACGGUACACAUGUUUUAAAAAUUGAAUUGUAAGCAGUCGCCCACUAUGCCUUCCAGUUUAAUAAAUAAAAACCUUGAUUCUCCUUUGGUAGACAAUGACAGGUACACGCAUCAAAUGCUAAAAGUGGUCCGAAUUAUCGUUAAAAUGGGAUACAUUUUCAACUGUCUUGUUAUAUGGGUCACUGAGGCAUCAUCCAAUUGUAUUUCACAUUUGAGGGCUUGCCAUUAACCAUGUCCCUCAGUCUUUGUAAUGUAAUACAUUGUGGUGAAAAAUAUCUAGGUUGGCAGCUAUGGCAAUGGGUGGGAGUGUGAGAUUGUGUGUUGGUUAUGCAGUAAACAAACAGGAUGUUUGGGACAACAAGAAUCGUAACCCAUUGGGUGGUUAAGGAUUAUGUGCAGACAUGUAUUUUACUUGUCAAUAAAACUGGAGGAAGGACAAAAAAUAUGUACAUGAAAUAAACCUUGUGGAAGGCAGGAAUGCUUGUGUUAUGAAAUUAACCUAAUAAAAUAGAAAAUGAGAAUUGAAAGUAGGGAUGGGGCGAAUCCUGAUUUCCUCGAAUCCGAAUCUUAACUCAAAUCCUUGACUGGAAUUGCCGAAUCUCGAACCCAAACCUGAAUCUUUUAAUAGAUGAUGUCCACAUAUCUAAUGUAAGUGAGAUGUAUUCUGCUUGCACUAAAAGUCCCUUGACUUUUAUCACAUGUAGUUUGGUACAUUUCUGGUAUAAGUGUAUGUAAAGACAAAAAAUUUUUCGUGAGAAAUUUCAGUUUUAGUACAGAUUAGCAGUUAGGAUUUUUUCUAUAAAUAAGCUAGAGGUCUGCGAGCCUAAGAAUUUUACUUCGAGCCUAGCUCGAGCUUUUGUGUGCAGUUUCACUUUUGGGAAAUUAUUUUUAUCUUAAACUUAGUAUAAUGUUGGAAUAAAGUAUUAAAAUGAAGUGGGCUUAUUAAUUUUGGGUAACUAAUUACAGAGUGUGUUUACAUAUUGCACUGCCAUAAAAAAAAUAUUUUUUUCCAUUGAAUCUUACCUGUUUCCAUUGGUUAAUUAGUAACUGAUAUCAUCCAACUAACAUAACCAAGUAUGAUCUUUGGAAAAAUUUCAUCUUUGUCAAUUUUUCUGGAGUCUUUACUGAGCUUCAACAAACUUAGCAUCAAAAAUCAUGUUGUUUCAACAUUUCCACUUUUCAGCACAAUAAUUCUGAGAGAGAUUGUCACAGAGUAUUAAAUUCUGUUCUUUAAUCUAUCAUGCAGAACAAUAAUUUGUUCUGCACGUUCAGGAGUUAAAUUAGCUCUACGAUUGGAGAUAGUGUUUCCAGCAAAAGAGAAGCGUCUCUCGCUGGCAAUCUGCUUGGCUGGAAUGCUUUAGUAAAAUUGCUUAACCUCAAAAUUAGUGUCAUAAAUAUCUGUAACUGGUCAUUAAAGUUUAAUCAAUUGAAAGUAAUAAAAAUAAAAGCAUUUUACUUCAUUCAAUUUACACUUGCGAAAAAACAUACACACAAUAAACCUACAUGGAAAUUAAAGUCUUUUUCAAUAUCCUGAAGUCUGAAAUAUGUUUACUCAUGUCAUUAAAUGUAGAGCUGUAUUGAAGAAGCCGAUUUUGCCAAUAUUUAGUUGAAUCGGCAUUUCUGCCGACUUCCGAUACAGUACGCUCGUUAAUUUUCGGCCGAUAUUACUGAAAAACGAAAGACUGCCAUAACCUAAAAAUCCACGAGUACCAUUUUCAAUUUUCGUAGUAGUACUGCAUUCUUUCAGAUUGCAUUAUUUCUUAUCAACAUGUGCCAACCUUACAUAUCAAAGUUUAACAUCCUUCUUUUUCCCAACAAUGUUCUUUAAUUUAAUAUGUCAUAAAUAAAUAAUACAUUACUAUCACGGUAAAUAUACAUCUCAGUUGUUACGGUAACUAUAGUGCAAAUAUGGUAGCUAUCAUGCUUCUGUAGUAAUUAUGGUAUUCUACAAAGAAUCUUAAUAGUUAUUUUUAUGGUAAUUAUCUUAAAAUAACUAUUGGGUUUGUACUGUAGUUAUGGUACAUCAUCCAUAUUUCUUCGUAUGUUGUUCAUUUGUCAUUUCUUUAUAUUUACGUGGGCCAUUAUUUGAGACAGGAAGUUUCAGAAAAAAUUUUAACGGACAUUAUAUCACACAUUUAAUGGCGUAAAUGAUGAGACCUCGGGCAAUUUAAACGCUUUAUACGGAAAAACCUACCAUGCGGGACCUCGUAAGCAAGUUUUACUGAAUUUUUUCCCCGUAAAUAGUAAACAACCGAAUCCUUUGACGAAUCCUAUAUCAGACCCGCCGAACCUUCGAAUCCCUAGGAUUCGGCGGAUAUUGGAUUCGGUCGCCCCAUCCCUAAUUGAAAGGCUAGUUAAGUUCCUAAACAAGGAAGAAAAUAAAAUUAUGAGAGUAUCCUUGCUCCAGGAAGUAUAGUUGCGCAGAUUUUUAACAAAAAAGAAUCAUUUCAUUGACGCAAUACAAUGUGAGAUAGACUCUAGAAAAUUUAGUUGUGGCCAACCCAGCAUUAGAAGAUAAAACUUAAGAUAAUACAUGCACCUUUGUUUCACUUU